AUGUCCAACAAAAAUCAACAGGCCGAGAAGGUGGUCAAAGGAGGAAAGAGCGAUGCGAUUGCACAAAAGAAUACCAUCGUCAAUCUUCUCAAUCGAUCCAUCAAAUUCAGAAAAUCAAGAUAUGUGGACCAGAAAUUGGAACUCUUUAAAAAAAAAUUUGCACCGGUCAAUGGUGUUUCUGGAGUAGUGCAUGCGACAUCAGCAUAUGACAAUAUCAGCAGUGGAGCAGGGGCAGAGAACGUGGCGGAUAAAGUGGAUGCCAAUGGGUUUACCAGACCUUCCAAGGUGCUGUUUUCCAAGGACAAGUUGAAUUCGGAAUGGAAUGACAUUCAUCCCGUUGGAUCUGGUCUGAAAGAUCUGGGGCAACUGUCCUCUCUCAAUGCUGUAUUGCAAGUAUUGACCUAUACACCUGCCUUAGCCAAUUACAUGCUGAAUAGAACGCACAGUGCUAAUUGUACGAUUCAAGAUUACUGUUUUGUUUGCGCUGUGGAAGAGCAUAUUAGAACAGCCCUCAAGGGAUCACCUUACGCACUUCAGCCUCGAGUGUUUGUUGGCAAAUUGAAAAAAAUGCAACAUGGAUCUUCCAACAAGGACGCUUUUGACGUGUGGAAAUAUUUCAUGGAGCAAAUGCAAUCAUUUUUAUUAUCUGAAAAGAGAUCCAAGGACAAGCUCGUACAAGAAACGACAGCAUUAUACCAGAUUUUUGGAGGUUAUAUUCAGAAGAAAUUAGAAUGUCCCUCAUGCAACAAGUUUGACAACGUGUACGACUCCUUUUUGGAUCUUAGUUUGGAUCUAACGCAAUGUAGCACAGUCGAGAGAUGUUUGACCAAGCACUUCAAACAGCAAAUAACAGCUUCUAGAGAAUGCGCCAGUUGUCAACAUGAAGGAGGACAAAAGGGGACACACAGUAUAUACAAAUCGCCAAUGACAUUGGCGCUUCAGCUAAAGCGAUUCAACACAGAUGCUGAUACAACAAAGAUCAACAAGUUUGUGAAAUUUGAGGAAUCUAUGGAUAUCAAACGAGUGAUUACAGCGAACGAAACUGUCAAUACAAAGUACAACUUGUAUGCUGCCAUUGUGCAUACUGGACAAACAAUCAACGAUGGACAUUAUAUGGCAUAUGUCAAGAGUUCCAACGGUAUCUGGUAUUGCAUGGACAACGAAAACGUACAAGUGGUCAGUGUGAAGCGACUUUUAGAGGAAAAGCCAUACAUGCUGUUCUACAACAUGUCUCCUCCUGCGGUUGCUAAGCGACCCAAGACAUCUGCUGAUAAAGCAAAGACACAACAGCAAGAGAUCACAGUGGAAACCGAGAUCAAGGACACGCUCAAGGACGACUACGAGGAAACCCAACAAGAGAUAGACGAGGAUGUCAUUAUGCCUCAAAUAGAUAAUCGAGAAGAAGAAAAAGAAUUAGAGGCUCUACGACUAAAACAAGCGAUGGAAGAGGUGUCUGUCAAGGAAAAGGUGGAGAAUACAGCUGCUAUUGUCGUGGAGCACAAUGCCAAUAUGAAAACCAAGCGAGAGAAGCUGGGAGCACUCAUUGAAAAGGAAAGCGCACAGAGUAAAAGUGCUGAGGUUAAGGGAGCCUUGUUGGCCAAGACACCGAACAAUCAAUUUCAAGAUGACAUUGGUACCUGGGAAGAGGAUGCUGUUGCUGGCACUCAUGCAGACAAGAGAAAUCAAGUGCUCAAGCAGAUCAAACCCAAGCGAAAGAGAGUGGACAUGUACGAUCUCGACUAUGAUCGUGGUAAGGUGAAGAAGGUCAAGAAUAAGCAGCAGGACGAUAAGUUUAGCAAGCCUAAUCUUUUCCAAAUCACGGCUGAUAUGAAGCAAAGCAAGAAAUCAAAAAAGCAUCAUAAAUAA